GUCAUAUUUUUGAAACCCGGAAUCGAAGGCAUUUACGUAGUCAAUUCGUGCGCAAUUACAUCCAUUGAAGUCUACAUUCUGCUAUCAAGUUCUCGUUUACUUCAGCGUCUACUGACUGUGAUUUCAAGGAGGCAUGAAUACCAUAGUAGAAGUGAUUCCAGAGGGUGAAAUUACUUGCUUUGAAUAUGACUUAUCCACUCAACUUCUGAGUUUAGUAGGUGAGUAUUGGAAAUCAUUUGAAUUACAGCUGUCCAAUUUUGCAUCAAAAUCGGAAUUUUCCUAUAUCAUGAGCACAUUCUUUUUUUUCUUUUUUCUGCAUAAGCAGAUCCAAAAACCACAGAGCCUUUUGCCACAUCAGAGACACCCAAUUAUAUUUCAGAUGUUGCUCGGCCUAUAUCCACAGAAUCUGAUACAUCAACAGUCCCACCUACCCAUCAAUCAGGUACUGCUGAGCUCAUUACCUUCAAGUCUGAAGCCUCAACACUACCUUCUACUAGUGGUUCAAAUGUGCAUUCUGCAGAGGCUGAGACAGUGGAGACAUGUUCUUCCUCAGAGUUGUAUGUGGCAACAAUACCACUUACUGAUCUUUCUGUACUAGUUGAACCACAAAUCAAGUGCUCAUUGCUAGAGGAAGACCCAACCACUCCAACUUGUGUUCCAUUGACCUUCACUCUUGUUGAGAAAGCAACUAAGCGAAGAGGGGAUAGACUGAUUGACAGCAUGGGCUUCUCCUAUAACAUCCGCCGCAAAGGGGCCAAUAUAACUCGUUGGCAAUGCACCAUUAGGAGGAAAGAGUUCUAUUGUAAAGCAGCAGUAGUGGAAAGAAAUGGUGUCUUCACCUUUGGGAAUUUUUCUCAUAAUCAUGAGCCUCCUAAACCAAGAGCCCAAACUCCCUCACGGAAGACCAAGACCAAGGCAGUGGUGGAACAGUGCAAGCCUGAGCCAACCAGCACAGAUGAGGUACUACACUUUCACUUGUUUUCUUUUCUUUUCAUUAACCUCUAUGAGUAACUAGAAUUUCAUUUCAUAUUACAAUUUUACCACUAAAUCAAAUAUUAAUUGAUCAUAAAAAGAAAGGAAAUGAUCACCAGCUAAAAUAGUUCUUGAUUCUUAUUAUAAUAAACAUAUUCUCAUUGUCAGUAUUAUUGGAAAUGUGUAGAGAACAGUUUGGAGAAUAUACAUACUGAUCUUAGGUUAUAAAGGGUCAAGAUUUUUCUGAAAUCUUCUUUUAUCUAGGGCCUCCUCUCAAAAUACUUUUACCAUUUUGUCACCAUCUUUUAAGCACCCACUCAAGGCUCUUCUAUCAGUCAUCUUUCUUUCAGUUUCCUUUCUUAACCCUUUAAUUCCUUGAAGUGAUUAACAUAAAACUCCUCCCUAUAAUAUCCAUACAUUAUUCAGUAAACAGGUAAUGAGAAUAUUCAAACUUAUCAGGUAGAAGCUGCUAUCUUGAUCUAGCACCAAGUUCUCAUAACUAAUUUACAAGGAAAUGUGUAGCAGCUAGAGGGGAGAAUUAACAAUCAGAUCUUGGGAGUUAAAAGGUUAACUGAAGAUUACUUCAUUUAAUCAUAUCAUUUUAUCACAUUCUUUAUUUUCAAAGAGUUUAUGUGACAUUUUGAACUGGUGUUUCAGGAAAAUCUUCAGCCGGCAACUACUCUAUGCCAAGCUUUGCCUGAACCUUGUGGUAACAUAGAACAUUCAAACCCUAAUGCUGCUCAACUGCCACCUAAUGAUAACCAGGCUGAUUUGGUUGAGUCAGUUAUUCAGACUUCACCACCCACUCCCACAUCUCCGACAAAUGUUCCUAUGACAUAUCACUUGGUGGAGGAAGCAUCUCUGCGGAGACGGAACAAACUGAUUGACAGUAAAGGCUUCUCCUACAAUGUCCGUCGUAUGAAAGCUGAUAAAAUUCACUGGCAGUGUAGUAUAAGGCCGAAGGGAAACCACUGCAAAGCCACAGUGCUUGAGCAGGAUGGUGUGUACACAUUUGGGAAACAUCCCCACAACCAUGGUACCUACUCAGGAACUCUAGCUGCUGCUCAAAUAGUGUCCACCAUUAAAACAAAGGCAUUGGAAGAGUUAUCCAAGCCAGCUUCUGUCAUUGUUAAAGAGGUAUUUCUUUCUGUCUUUUUAUUUGUCUUUGCUGGUGAGCUUCCUGUAUCCCAGUUUCAUUAGCCAAAAGUUACUUGCCAAGAAUAAUUCCUGCUACCCUGGAUGGGAUCUUAGGGAAGAGAUGUCAUUUACCACCUGGGGAGGGGUGGAGGACUUUGGGGAUCACAUGAUUUCCAUGGGGGGACAGAAAGAGGGUCACUUGUCGCCCAAAGAGUAUAAACAAGAUUUUAAAAAAUUGACUGCAAAUUGACUGCCAGUGAGAAGAGAACCAUAUGAAUACGACAGAGCCUUGUGGUGGAAUAGCUAAACUUUACUGUGACACAACCAAAAUCCCUAACUCUACCCCCUCUCCCUAUGAUAAAUAAGGACCAGUCUCUUAGUCAGGGGCAAGUAACCCCCUGCCCCCCCUCCCCCCCCCUCCCACACACACACACACAGCAAAUUAUUGAAUUUACCUUUUUAUUUUAAAUAGAUUCUUCAGGAAGCUCUGCCUGUUACCUCUAUGUGCCCAGCUUUGCCCAAAGUGGACCAUAUUGUACGUGCAGUAAAUCGUUUGCGUCAGAAAAUGAGGUCAGAAGAUGUGAAAGACCUCAAUUUCUCCCUAAAGGAAGACGUCAUUCCACCAGGUUUUUACCAAGCGGAGGUGAAAGUAAAGAAGCGACGCCACCUAAUUUUUGCUACAGAACAACAGCUGAGUCAGCUAGCUGCAACAAAAACUUGGUACAUUGACAGAAAUGACAAGAUAGUCAAAGACCCCUUUCACCAACUUGUGUCAAUUAGUGCAUUUGUUAUGUCUGCGGAGUCAGCAAAACAAGUGCCAUUAGCUUUUGUGUUAAUGUCCUCAAAGAAAAAGAGAGAUUACAAGAAGGUUAGUAUACAUAUGACUCCCUUUACUGCUCAGUCAAAUCUUUUUAAAAGGAAAAUAAUGGUUAGAGCACUCUUCAAGUGAAAUUUCUAAUAUCAAAACCAAAGUUACCUUGACAGCCCAUCACAACAAAGGAAUACAUGCUUGUAUAAAGACAAAAAGAAUUAUCCUUUGUUGAAUGCAUUAUUCUUCCUUUUAUCUAUCAGAUUUUGAGAGAGAUCAUUCAUCUUCUACCUGGGGAAUGGCUUCAUGUGCAAUUUGUUACAGCAGAUUUUGACGAGGCAUUGUGGGGAGCACUUCGGUCUGUUGUCCCACAUGUAAAGCUGCAGGGAUGUCCUCUUCACUGGACCCAGUUGGUGUGGGAAAAGGUAAACUGAAAUUGUCAAGUUAAGUUUCAUGCACUUGUAUUAUCAUCUGAGCUCCUUGCACCAGCAGAAUUACAGUUUUAGGCCAUCAAGCUCUUUGCCCAACCUUCUCUUUUCUUAUCAGCCACCCUGACAUGCUCCUACUCUUUCACUCUCACAUGUACCCUUCCCAAUCAUCUGAGAAAAGUUUGUUUGUCUUGUAAAGGACUGUUUUUUGGAGAAAGCGAUUGAUAAUUUUCCCCUCUGGUUGUGAUCAGUAGCACAGUACAUAUGAACAAUAGCGUAACAUGCAAGAAAAAUACAAAAUAUUUAUAAAGGAAUCAAAAACCUCUUGAAACUCUUUACUUAGAGAAUAUAUUACAGUUCUUUCACUUAUUGCUUUAUUUUGGGACAUUUCGGUUAAUUUCCAGCAAUUUCUCUAUUACCCAUGAUGCAUUGCGACCCCACCCAUUUUCAUUUGCAUGAUCUCUUUCACGUGUACCAGGCUUGCUACAUAGCAAAAAGCUUCUAGAAGCUUCUAGGGUGGUUACAAAGCUGUUGUUUUUCCUUCGAUUGCAAGUAGCCGAGUGAAAUGGCGGUCGAAGUGGUCGAGAGUUUUCGAAGUGACGUGCGGCUGUUUUCGCUUUCUUCCCUCAAUGUAACCUGAAACCCUGAACGAAAUGUUUCAAAACGUUUGGGAUUUAGAAAAACGCUUCUUGUUCCCUCAAUUUGUUAUAUUUUCUCGUGAAAAUGAGCAGUUAGCUUCGUUAUGAGAUGAGAAUGACACCGCAGGAAAUUAACAUGUUUGGUCCAACGCCGGCAGUACUGCGGAUGGCUUACAUUUGGCAUUGCAUCCUUUAUUUACGGAAAGACGCGGUAUGUUUCAUAGUGUUUGGGAAUCAAACAUUUGCUUCAUUCUCAAGAUUGAAAUACGCAAAGUCGCCAAAACUUUCAGGACUGGCUCUUCAGAAGAUGAGAAUUCCAUUGUAACAAGCUUUUUACUAUCACGGCAUUCUAUGCCGCUGAGGGGAAUACCUUUCUCCUGAUUUCAUGGACUGAAACAUGGAGCGUGAUGCUUGUACACUUGAACAAAAAGUGCUAUUUUUAUCUAAGGAUAGUCUGUCUUUCAAAUUUGUACAUAUACAUCUGAAAUCUCUGAUUUAUUGUGAUAUUUUAGGUGAUUUUUUCCGUUGAUAUCUUCUGCGAGAAACACAAGAAAUUUUAAGAUAAUGAUAAUUUUGUGUAUGGGAAUGUUACGCGUGACGCCCUAAAUUAUGCAUAUUUUUGGAAAAAUUAAAUUUGUAAAAAAAUGAGAAUUCAAUAAAAAUCCAUGAUAUUACGCAAAGUUGUAGAGUAUUAUGUCUUUUUUAUUUGUGCCAAGUCUCGGCAUUGUAGCUGGAAAAGUACGAGAGAUAUUUUUGUUUAUGUUUGCUUCUCUGUGUUUGUGCACGUGAACUGUGCUACUGAUCUUGUCAAAACAUUAAUUGCUGUCGGUCUUUUUCCCAACGACUCUCACCUGGACAAUUAGACCAUAUUAGCAAUAUGCAAUUUGCUAACAAUGGCAUCCAAAUGAAUGCUAGGAUUGGCCAACCUCAGGGGCAAGUUCAUGCAUGGUUUAUCUUUGUAAUAGGGCAAGAUGCUUAGUCCAAAAAAACUUUGCAUUUGUUUUUCUUUAAGUCAUACGGUGUAUGUUUACAAACCUUUUUUAAUUAGAGAUAGUAGUCAUGCUCUCCAUCAAUGCAAAGACUAAAGAUUUUUGGCUCAUAUUUUUAUCAGAUGCAAGAUCUUGGUCUGCAAGCACUGUACAUUGAGGAUAAUGGUAUGCACAGGUACAUUAGAAAAUUGCUUGCAUUACCCUUGCUGCCUGGCAAAGAGAUUUCUACUCAGUUCCAGCGACUAAAACUACAGGCAACCACAGAGACACUUCAGGAACUAAUAAAAUACAUCGAGGAUACAUGGAUCACCAACAUUGCGUACCCCAUCAGGGAUUGGUCUGUUUAUCGUCAGCCAAUAAGAACAAUGAAUGACAUUGGAAGCUGGCCGAAGCUUCUUAGUAAUGAAAGUGGUAGGAAAGGUCAAGUUCCUUUUUACACUCUAGUUCAGUCACUGCAUCAAGUGGCCCAACUUUCUGUUCAAAACAUGCAGUUGGUAAGCAACAAAAAGUUGAUCAGGAUUCAACAGCACGAUUGCCAUCACUUGCAGUCACAGAUCAGUCAGUUUUGGUCUGAGUAUAGGAAAAGAAAAAUUACAGCAGCAAAACUUCUAAAGGUCUGUUCCAAGCUGUAUGGGCCAUCUCAAACUGAAUCCUGACUUUCAUAUAUCAUGAGAUUCUAGUCAUUCAUUAAUAAGCUUGUAUUUAUUUUGAACACUGAUAUUAUAUACCAGCAGAAGCUUAGAACCUACCAGUAAUGUAUAGAAGUUUACUUGCCAUGAUGUUUUUGAAAAAUUUCUUUUGUCAUAAUCAAAAUGUCCUAUUUUUUUGCAUUCAGUUUUGUAUCUUGUAAAAAGUAUUUUUGGGAAAAUGUACAUAACAGUUGUGUAUCAGAAACAUUAUCAUUAAAUACAUAUGCUGGGGAAUGUUGUUCAACCAGUAGUUUUAGAAGAUGUGUCAAAAUCUUUCACAGCAGUGAUGAGUUUCUUUAACUUCUCAAGAAAAAAAUUUCACUUAGGUUAAAAUUUAAUUUAUUACAGUGUAACAUUAAUUAUUGAUCAUUAAUAGCACCGUUGGGGUUAAGAGAAUUGUUAAUAUUUUAAUAUUUAUUAUUUCUACAGUGUUGUAAUACAUAUUGUAAGAUGUACUGCCACUGUUAAUGUUGUAAGCGC